UGGAUUUUCCAAAAUUUUCUGAAAAAAUUCAACACCAAAAACAUGAUAGAAAGUGACGUUCUUGAUUGUGCAGAUUCCAUGCUUAAAUUGAUAAAUCAUUACAGAUGGCUGAUAGAUGCUUAUGUAUCGGAAGCUUUCGUGAAAGAUUACAUUGAAGAGUUUCCAAAGCCAUGGAUGAAGACCCUGAGAAGUUUGGAGCCACCGGCUUUAGCCAGCCAACUUGAGGCCGGAAAUGGACAGGUCAUUGCUCAGAGUCAAGUUUGGCCUCUCUCGUUACUAGCAUUCAAGUCGGCCACACAAGCUUUAUCACUGCCAAGGAAACCAGUGGAUGCAACCGAUGUAGUUGUCGGACCAAAUACAGAAGAACUUUCCUCUGAAUUAGGGAGUUAUUCAAGAAGUGAUGACCCAGAGAGCACGAGUAUCAAAAAUGGGCAGCUUAUGUCUUUGGAUCAUUGCUACAGACGCCAUGUCAAACCCAAGAAGCAACAUGAAAUCAAGAAACUUGGAGAGGUGGUGAACUGUCUAAGCCGAAAACAGGACUGUGAUCAUGUAGUUGAUAUCGGAGCUGGACAAGGUCAUUUAUCGCGGGUGCUUUCUUUUGGUUAUGGGUUAAAAGUUACCACAGUUGAAGCGGCAGGGUGCCACAUUCCAAAGGCACAGAAGUUUGACAGGGAGGUUAUCAAGGAUAUAGAGAAGUCAAAACAGAGAAUGAAGCAGCUGCACACUGUCUAUCCAAACGCAGGAAAACUGUUGGAGCCGAAUCAUAUUGCAACAUGGAUCGAACCAGACAUCAGUCCAGAGGAAUUUCUGAAUGUCAUUGAAAGAUCAAAUGAACUGAAUAUUAAAAGCCAUAAUCAAAAUAACAAUGAUGAAAAAGGUGAUGAGUCAGGUUAUUCUAAACAUCACUGUCUGAUUAAAAAGACUCGUCCUUUACUAACUUGUGAUAACUUUUUUUGUGGAAACACUGUGAGAGAUGAUACUCUGAAUGGAAGACUUGGUGCUGUGAACAACACUCAAGACAAACAACAUUUGAAUGCGUCUGCUUGCAGUGAUAAAAUUUGUUGUGAUGUUUGUUGUGUUAAAAGGAGGAAGAUAGGAGACGAUACUAUUCCAAGGAGUUUUGUAUCUCCUGUUGAUGUAGUGAAAUCAAACAAUAUGACAGUAGAUUCUGAUGAUACUAAAAUAUUUGAGAUUAAAGCACUUGUUGCCAAUGGAGUAGAUUCAAUGGAGAGUCAUCCUAGUCAAAUAAAAAGCAACAUUUCAAAAAAAGCAGUAAAUUGUGCUGAUAAGACGGACCCUGCACUCAUUCUGACAGGACUACAUGCAUGUGGUGAUCUCAUUCCAAUGAUGUUGAGGGUGUUCAGCCGCUCUCCUCAACUGACUGGACUAGCAACUGUUGGCUGCUGCUACAUGAAGCUGUCAGAUGAUGAAUCUGUUCCUGGAGCUCCUGGGGCCAGCGUCGGUUAUCCUAUGAGUGGAUUUGUGCGAUCCUUGCCAUAUCACAAUCUUACCUACACAGCUCGUGAAAUGGCAUGUCACUUUAUGGAUGCUUAUCACCAGAGACUCAAAGAUAACCCCCCAGAGUUGAUCCUUCAUAGCUAUCGGGCGGCCCUUCAGGAGAUCAUCCUUGAUAUCGAUCCCACCAUCAACCACGCUGCUAUCAAACUCACUAUUAAAAAAGCUCAGCAGAUGACCUUUGAGAGCUAUGCCUCUCUUGCACUUGAGAAACUAGGAUUAGAACACACCAUGACCCAGGCUCAGUUGGACAGGGCAGCUGGCAGGGUAGCCUCCUGGAAGGAUGUGGUGAUCAUGUAUGUGCUGAGACUGAUGCUGGCCCCAGUAGUGGAGAGCUUGAUUCUGUUGGACAGAAUGAUCUACCUCAGUGAACAAGGCAUUAAGAGUCAGCUGGUGCCGAUAUUCGAUCCAAAGCUUUCACCGAGGAACUGCGUCCUGAUUGCUUACAAAGAUAAACUGGAUAAAGAACAAAGAUGAUGCUUUCGGGUGCCCUCAGUGUUCUUCCUAAAAUUGGAGACAAUGCGGACUUUGUUUUAGUAGAUGUGAAGUUAGUUACAUGACGGAGCUGUCAGGGUGAUGCAUAAAAAAACUGAUUAUCACUAUUUUAAGACUUCAGAUGGAACUCUUUUAAAUUCUCCCGACAGUAUUAACCUGCAUUUAUUCAUUUGAGAUCCACUUUUCCACUUGCCAGUAGUUUGAAUGCAUUUUUCGAAUUUACCACCUACAUUCAUAUCAUGUACUGUAGAAUGAUAAUGCAUUUAUUCAAAUGAAGUAGAAACACUAUUAAUCAUCAUCAUUAUCAACAUCAUUGGCCAGAAGUGUGGAGUCCACUUUUGGCUUCUUUCCACCUGUGGGGGAUGUUUUACUUACUAUGAAAUAGAUACUCAGGUACAUGGGAUCAAGGCCUUUAAUCUCAGCCAAGAGACCCUCAUUGAUUUAUCUCCUAGUGAGCCUCAAACUUGUUGAGUUUUUAUAUGAUGAAAUAAAAAUUGCUAAAAUCA